AUGUCGGGUCUGCAAGCCAUUCGCUAUGCGCGGGGCAAGCUCGAGGUGCUCGACCAGCUGAGACUACCUCACGAGCACCACUACGAUGAGGUCGCAACGAGCGAGCAGGCGUUCGACUCUAUCAAGGCCAUGAGGGUCAGAGGCGCACCCGCUAUCGCCAUAGUGGCGGCUCUAGCUCACGGGGUCGAAUUGCAUAACGGCAGCUGCAAGGCGUCAACUACGGAUGAGACUAUAUCGUACAUCGAUUCGCGCCUAGACUAUCUCAAGCUGUCGCGGCCGACGGCCGUGGACCUCAGCAAUGCCAUUACCCACCUGAAGACUACCGUCCGAUCCGUCGACAUCUCUGGGAAGGAGAACGGUGCAGUAGGACGUUCUGCCAUCAUCGACGCGUACAUCGCCGCCGCCGAAGAGAUUUUCCGCAAAGACACGCAGACCAACCUCCUCAUAGGCCAGCACGGAAGCCAGUGGUUACUCGAGAAUGCCCCUUCGAAAUCCGCCGACGGCAAAGUAUCUGUCCUGACACAUUGUAACACGGGGUCGCUUGCCACAUCGGGCCACGGCACAGCGCUCGGAAUUAUCCGAUCAUUGCAUUCGGGAGGCCACCUACGCCACGCCUUCUGCACCGAGACUCGACCCUACAACCAAGGAAGCCGCCUCACGGCCUUCGAGCUGGUCUACGAGGGGAUCCCCUCCACGCUGAUCACCGACUCCAUGGCCGGCGCACUGUUCGCUACCAAGAAAUCCGAGAAUAACCUCGCUGCAGUUAUCGUGGGCGCCGACAGGGUCGUGCGCAAUGGAGACACGGCCAACAAAAUCGGCACAUACACUCUAGCCGUCCUUGCCAAACACCACGCGCUAAAGUUCAUCGUUGCGGCGCCGACAACCAGCAUUGACCUGCGGACGGAGGCUGAGGCAGGUAUCAAGAUCGAGGAGCGGAAGCCCGAGGAAUUGACACAGAUCAGCGGAGCCGUGAUAGGAACGGACGGCAAGGUACACAUCGGCCGUACAGAGCGCGUGGCGACGGCGCAUCAGGGGAUUAACGUCUGGAACCCCGCGUUCGACGUGACACCGGCGGAGCUGAUCGACGCCGUGGUCACGGAACGGGGCGUCGUCGUGAAAGGAGAAGACGGCACCUUUAAUUUCCAGCACAUCAUGCCGGAAAGGUGGGCUGAGGUAUUCGGAUCGCAGGAGGGUGGCGCUCGAUAA